CGGCUCCCCCCCCGCGCCCCGCCCGGCUCGGCUCGGCUCGGCUCGGCUCGCAGCGCCUGGAGGCCCGGCAGCAUGAGCGACAACGAUGACAUCGAGGUGGGGAAGCGACGCUGACAAGCGGGCGCACCACAACGCGCUGGAGCGCAAGCGCAGGGACCACAUCAAAGACAGCUUCCACAGUCUGCGGGACUCUGUCCCGUCCCUCCAGGGAGAGAAGCAACAGGCAUCCCGGGCCCAAAUCCUCGACAAAGCCACCGAGUACAUCCAGUACAUGCGCCGGAAAAACCACACACACCAGCAGGACAUCGACGACCUCAAGCGCCAGAACGCGCUGCUGGAGCAGCAAGUCCGGGCGCUGGAGAAGGCACGGUCGAGCGCCCAGCUGCAGGCCAACUACUCGUCGGACAGCAGCCUCUACACGAACCCCAAGGGCAGCGCCAUCUCCGCCUUCGACGGAGGCUCCGACUCCAGCUCCGAGUCGGAGCCAGACGAGCCUCAGAGCCGAAAGAAACUGCGCAUGGAGGCCAGCUAGAGGCCUGGCUCGACGGCCUGGCCCCGGCCACCGUUCGCCCCCUGCCCGCCUGCUCUGUAAGGACUCUCCCUUCUCUAGUAGAGGCUCUCGGACUGCAGCUUUCUGACCCUCCCUGCCCCACCUCGCCGGGCCCAGCAGCAUUUCCUCGGGGGGCCAGCCGGCCGCUCGGCCUUUGGAUAGACUCUGGGCAGCGCUCGGCUCCGAGGAGAUGCCCCAGCGAUUUUCUACGAGUGUUUCUAUUUAUACUAACACGCCCCGUGAAUCUGAGCCACGGGGGGGAGGGGCAGAGAGCAGCGGUGCCCGCCUGGCACGCCCAGAGCCAGCCUCUCCUCGCCGUUCGGGGAGGGCCCCACACUGCACUGGCAGAAGCCAGGCGUCUCACCUCCCGCUGUGAUGCGCAGGGGGGAUGGGAGGAGUUUUUUUAUCUAGGGUGAAUGGUGAUGAAUUGCUAUUUAUUUCCUGCUCUCGGUUUGAUCCAGCCAGACUCUGCCGCUGCCCCCGGGGCCCAGGUGACAGAUUCGUAGAGUAAUGAUCAAAUUCCCUUGCGUGAGGGCGCCCCUCGGCUGCCUGCCUUUCGGAUGUAAAUACAGCCCAAGCAUUAGAGCUGGUACUAACGGCUGCGUGGUGCUGGCCUUGGCCCAGAGCAGCUGGGCUCCGUCCCACCCAGCUGGGUGCGAAGGGGGCACCGGGGCUGGGCCUGGCGACAGCCAGCGCAUGUGUAUGUGUGUCUGUCCCUCUCCGUCCUGUCUUUGCCCUGCUCCCCCUGUCCCUGGUCCGUGGCGUUCUCUGAUCUCUAGUGCACACCAUGUAGCAGGCUCCUGGCCAGGGCCUGGCUCCCUCCGGCGGAGCUGAAGUAUGUUGUACAUACUGCCCCAGAAGUGUCUUGCAAGAUAAGGCUUCCCCCUUUACUAUGAGACUAUAAAUAAAAUUCUUAUUUUAUCCUUC